UCUCACUGGUCCCGCCUAAAGACACUAUUUUGGAUAUAACUCGAUUCGUUGGAAUUUACAUCAGACUGCAACCAGUGACGCACCGCGAAGUUUAUAUCCUGCACUUCAUGUUCCCCAUGCAUCCCAAAAUGGACCAGCAGCAGGCCCUGGCCUACGCUGCCAACGAGGACGAGGAGGAGAAGCAUAUUCAGAAAGUGCAGAAUGCCUUCCUAUACUACGGGCCAUAUGCCUGCCAGCGGCUGAAGCGCUCCAUGGAUUACCUGAACAGCCUAUCCGGCGAGGAUCAACACAUGCUGGCCAAGUAUAGGGCGCAUUUGGAGUGCGUUCGCACGUGCAUUGAUCGCAACCAAGCGGUCAUUCGAGAGAUUCUUCGCGAGCGCGUUCUCUACCCGCCGGAGGAGUCCACCGUUAAUCCGUCGACGGAUAGUUGGGAGUUUGACGAGCCGCCACCAAAUGUUAGGCACGGCGAUAUGGAUCAGGAUGCUGAUGUUGAACCUCUAAAAAUUUUAAAGGCCCAGUCGACGCUGAAGUUGAUUGCGCGCGACUGGAGCACUGAAGGUGCCCUGGAGCGGGAGCAGUCCUACAAGCCGAUCAUUGAUAGCAUAGUGGAGUACUAUAAGCCCAGUGAUUACGAACUGAAGGAGAUUAAGAUCCUGGUGCCAGGAGCUGGAUUGGGGCGUCUAACCUACGAACUAGCAUGUUUGGGUUACUCUUGCGAGGGCAACGAGUUCUCCUACUUCAUGCUGAUCGCCUCGAACUUUGUCCUCAAUCUGUGCGACUACGAGAAUAAAUACGCACUGUAUCCCUGGGUGCAUCAAUACGUAAAUAACCUACGGCGCGAGGACCAAGUGGCCGCUGUUCGCUUUCCGGACGUCUGCCCGCGAAAGAACCCACCCAAGGGACAUUUUGAAAUAGCAGCCGGUGACUUCCUGGAGAUCUACAAGACUGCGCACUCCUAUAAUUGUGUCGCCACGUGCUUCUUCAUCGACUGUGCCAAUAAUGUCAUUGAUUUUAUCCGCACCAUUUACAAAAUUCUAGUGCCCGGUGGCAUCUGGGUGAAUCUCGGACCGCUGCUGUAUCACUACAGCGACGUCAGUGGACAGAACAGCAUCGAGCCGACGUUCGAGGACCUGUGCAUUAUCAUGGAGAGCGUAGGCUUUGUUAUCGAGAAGUCGCGAACGGGCAUCCACACCAAGUAUGCCCAGAAUCCGGCCUCCAUGAAACAGAGCGAGUACCAGAGCUUGUUCUGGGUCUGCCGCAAGCCAGAUCCAUUUGAGGAGCAGCGAGGCAAGCGCAAGGCCUCCCGGGAACCCCAUGAUCUCAUUGUGCGCGAGGAUAGUGAGGAUGAAGAGGUAGAGGAGCGCGAAAAGGAAGAGGUGAAGCUGGAGCAGCUAAAGCAGCCGAUCACGGCCGACGAUGAGACUGAAAUGGAGCCGCUGGCCCAGCCAACGUGAUAGCCAUACAACAUUAAAACCCAAGCCCACCUACAUACAGAUGCCAUCACAGAACUCGAAUCGACACGACAAGGAUUCGACUAUGUAAAUUAAAAGCUACGUUAUUCUAUUUUCUAAAUAUAUAGACCUUUGUAAUGGCAUGAUUACAUUUUGAUUGCGAUUAUCAAAAAUAACACCAGACUGGACCUGGACUGUUACAAUUGCAGAAGUGUUAAUGUUUACCAAACAAAGAUGUGUUAACCUUAAAUAAAUACUUUUUAUUUGUUCAA